AUGCCGAUUCACAGGGCCUCUCGCUCCGCGACGCAGGUCCAGACGCAUGACUGUGGUCUGCGAGAAACUGCUUUGACGACGGGUACUCCAGCGCGCGGCGGUGUUUCUCUGGGUCGUUCUCGAUUGCUCACCUCAUCCUCAUGGAUGCUUCUCAACAUCGGCCUCGUUCUCCGACAUAUCUCUCUCCUUUUCUCGUGCCAACCCGCACGCCAACGUAAUCUCAGCAUCCACGUCUCCGUUCGAUCCUUCCCAACACCGUGCGAGCAACCCAUUCACUAUGACGGUGUCUCUCUACGUGUUGGUCCCGUGCGAUCCCUUGCGGUUGCGUGGACCAGACUUUGCUCUGCGUACAUCUUCCAAACCCACUUAAAGAGCUCACCGCGAUGUUCUUUCGAGCCCAACACUCUGACCGUCAUGUCUAAGGAGAGGAGGGUGCAAGAAGCUGAUCGCCCAUCCUCCCACAUCCAGGAACACGGGUUCUGUAGCCACCCGAUCCCCUUCAUCGACCUGAGUCCCCUCCAGUCAUGUGCAGCGCACCUCACCACUGGCUGUCUGUAUGCAAAGUUCGACGCAUGA